CUCUGGGGGACCUCUUUGGCGUAAUCAUAAGAUAGAGAUCAAUUUCAAGAUGAGGAUUAACUAUUUUAAAUCGAUCUGGAGAGGGAGUCAAAUCGCUGAAGUCCAUAUAAAUGGGUUGGCUACUGGGCUCCAGUCUUUAGAUUCUCCAUUCUCUCUACCUGCGCACCAAAUCGGCAGCCUCGAUUUCUUUCUCUGUUCGCAGUGUCAGAGCUCUUGGUGUCGAGCCCAGAAUGGACACAAUUUUGAAGAAAAGCAUUGCAGGCGGUGUUCAAACCAUUGCAGCAAACAUAAUUUUGAAGGAAGACGUUGCAGCUUGACCACAUCUUUUCUAGGAGUUAAUAAACAUUGCUGCCACUAUCUUGUGCCAAGUAACAGGAACCAGACGACUCCCAUCUCUCUUGUAUUUUGUGGCUGCAGUUUAGUGAUCGAGGGUGAGCCGAACCGAGCGCUUUGCAGGCUUGUGGCUGGAGGUAGGCACCCUUUUAUAGAGAGAUGGCCACUUCACUUUCAAGGCAGCAUUUUGAUGAUGACUUUGAUGCAGGUGGAUAACUUGGGGCUGAAACUCUGCACGGGGAUCAUCUUGGAGCAGCUUCCCUACUGUUGUGAACUCAGGAACUUUGCAGAACCGUACUCGGUGUGAACUGGUAACCCCCAGGCGUUCACUUGACAUACUCAUUUUUGCCACCCAUAUGCAGGACACACCGCGAUACAGGCAUCAAAAACAAAUAUGGUGAACCCCUUUGAACUUGAAGCUUGCUUCCGCCACCUAUACGCAGGAUGCACCGCAGUAUAGGCAUCGAAAGCAAGUGCAACAUGGAGUGACACCACGGCUAUGAAUGAGGGCUUGAUGUCGACUUUGUGUCUUGCCCGGAAGCCGUUGGUGAGAUUUGUGAGGAUGACAGCAACGAGGGACUUUUGGAGAGAGGAUAGACCAUCAACUUCUUGUUUGGAGUGCUCAUAGUCUUACACGAUCACCUAUUUAGCUUUCUGUAAUCAUAUAAUGUAGAACAAAGAGAACACUUGAGUGAAAAUGAUAAUUGACAGCAUAUAGAAGAAAUUAUACCCACUGCUCUAUGUUUGUAGCUUCUCGUGGUCUCUUCUUAGCUUCGAAUUAUUCUUCUCUUCUUCCCUUCCUCUUCUUUCUCUGCUCCUGCGUUUUCUCUCUUUUGUAUUUCUCUCCUCCCUCUAGCCCCUUCUGCCUCGUCGUGGUCUGUUUAAUUUAUACAUCAAAGUCGAUGUUGAUCGGAUAAGGUUUGAACUCAUAUUUGAAUUUGAGUGUUUGUAAACCAUGUUGAUCCGUUAAUCUCCAAAGCAUGUGUAUAUAUUGACCAGUCAAUUUCAAUUUGAAUUUCAAAUGGUAAUCUGCAUGCAUGUUU